UCAACAGAGAAGCGAUUUAGCAAGUUUAGCGAAGAACUGUUGGGUUCUGUGGAGAAACCGGACUUGAUCAAUGUCAAACAUUUUGAUCACUGUGUCAUAGUUCUUUAACGAAGAGUGAAAACGUACGCUUUAUAAUGAUCCGAACACUCGGUACCGUUCCCGCGUGCGCGCGUUUGCUUUCAAAGGGAUCAAAGUCUGCAGCGUGCAGAGCUGCACAUCACAGCGGCUCAUUCGAUGUGGCUGUUAUCGGUGGAGGGAUUGUUGGACUGGCAUCAGCCAGAGAGCUGAUCCUCAGGCACCCAAACCUCACUUUUACUCUGCUGGAGAAAGAGAAGGAGCUUGCUCUCCAUCAGACCGGUCAUAACAGUGGUGUGAUCCACAGUGGGAUUUAUUACACUCCAGGUUCCCUGAAGGCUCAACUCUGUGUUCGUGGAGCCAUGCUGACCUAUCAGUACUGCCAGAAAAAAGGAGUCCCUUAUAAGAGAUGUGGUAAGCUUAUAGUAGCAGUGAACAGAGAGGAAGUUCCUCGUCUGAAGGCUCUGUUCGAACGUGGUCAGAAGAACAACGUACCAGAUCUCAAUCUGAUUGACGCCAAAGCCAUCCGAGAGAAAGAACCGUACUGCAGGGGCAUCAUGGCGCUAGACUCUCCAAACACAGGUAUUGUUGACUAUCGGUUAAUGGCUUUGUCCUAUGGUAAAGACUUCCAGGAAGCAGGCGGCACUGUAAUAACCAGCUUUGAGGCCUCUGACAUCACACUUGCAGCCGAAAGCCCAGCCGGGAGUGCUGAAGGGAUGAAGUAUCCCAUUAUUAUCAAAAGCUCAAAGGGAGAGGAGGUGAGGAGUCGGUUUGUGUUGGCAUGUGGAGGACUGUACUCCGAUCGGUUGUCCGAGAUCUCCGGUUGUAGUCCAGAGCCGCGUAUAGUUCCCUUUAGAGGAGACUACCUGGUGCUUAAGCCGGAGAAGAACUAUCUAGUUAAUGGCAACAUCUACCCUGUGCCGAACCCACGAUUUCCAUUCCUGGGAGUGCAUUUCACUCCACGUAUGGAUGGUAGUGUCUGGCUGGGCCCAAAUGCAGUGCUGGCAUUUAAACGAGAGGGCUAUAAACUCUUUGACUUCAACGCACAAGACUUCAUUAAUGCGCUCUCCUACAGUGGCCUGCAGAGGUUGGUAAUGAAAAACAUUGUGUAUGGAAUGGGAGAGUUGUAUAGAGGUGUGUUUACCAGCGCUCAAGUUAGGAUUUUGCAGAAGUUCAUACCUGAAUUGAGCCCCAGUGAUGUCAUCAGGGGUCCUUCGGGGGUUCGUGCACAGGCUUUGGAUGCUGAUGGAAACCUGGUGGAUGACUUUGUGUUUGACAGUGGGAAGGGAGAGAUGAGCAACCGUGUUUUGCAUGUACGCAAUGCACCGUCACCGGCAGCUACCUCUUCGCUGGCCAUUGCUGAGAUGGUCGCAGAUGAACUGGAAAAAAGAUUUUUGCUGUAGGCAUGCCCGCCUGUGAUGUCAUGAGUAAUUGCCAUCACUAUGGUUACACUCCAAUCGUUAUACUUUGAUAUGGAGUAUAAGAGAAACAUUAUUAUAAUAGAGCGUUUUUUAGUCAUAUUUUAUAGUAAUGCGAUGAGAUUUGUGCUGCUCUUUUAUAAUGCAUCUUCAUUUCUGAAAAUGAUUCAUUUGCUAGAAACAAUUCUGGAUAACUGUUAUUAUGUCUUUAUAAAUCUGAUAAUAUAAUAAAGAUAAAUUGUCUUAGA